CCACUAUGUUUGUGUUGCUUUGCUGUCGUCGUCGUCGCCGUUUGAAGUCCGGUCCCGGGGAUGUUGACGAUCAAAAUUUUAGGAAAUUUUUAAACUUUUAAUCAAAAUGUUACAAGGCUAUGGUCCUAUAUUUCAAACACUUCUCGGUACUUUGCUGACAUGGGGACUGACAGCUGCAGGAGCAGCUAUGGUAGCUGUGAUACCAGGAACGCAGAAAAAUGUGCUUGAUUCAAGUCUUGGUUUUGCUGCUGGCGUUAUGAUUGCUGCGUCAUAUUGGUCGUUGCUGGCUCCUGCAGUAGAACUAGCUGAAGAAUCUAAACAGUAUGGAGAAAACGGAGAGUAUGCAUGGUGUCCAGUUGCUAUCGGAUUCAUACUUGGAGCAUUGUUUGUUCUGGGUGCCGAUGUCUUAAUUUCUUCCCUCGGUGUGAGCAAUCCUCAAAUGAUUUUAGCCUUACAGGGGACUGGACGUGCUGGCAAAGAAAAGGAUGAAACACAUCCUCACUAUUAUCAGGACCAACAUAUCUCGGAAAAUGCUACAACUAUAGAUGUGUACACUGACAGUGCACCAUCUAGACGAAGAGUUAAAGGUGGAGGAGACUCAAAUUUAAGUGGAAGCCUAAGGUCCCAUCAAGGAUCUCAUGAACAGACUUUGUCAAGCAGCCAACAGUACCAACAAUGGAGACGCAUGCUUUUGCUUAUAAUGGCAAUCACUAUUCACAAUAUUCCAGAAGGACUGGCUGUUGGUGUCGCUUUUGGAGCGGUUGGCAGCUCACCAUCAGCAUCAUUUCAAAAAGCCAGAAACCUGGCGAUCGGCAUCGGCAUCCAGAACUUCCCCGAGGGCCUGGCUGUCAGCGUGCCGCUGCACGCCGCGGGCUUCAGCGUGGGGCGCAGCUUGUGGUACGGCCAGCUGAGCGGCUUGGUCGAACCCAUCGCCGGUGUCCUGGGCGCUGCCUUCGUUUCGCUGGCCGAGCCCGCCCUGCCCUACGCCCUGGCCUUUGCUGCCGGCGCCAUGAUCUUUGUCGUGGUGGACGACCUCAUACCCGAGGCCAACACCAGCGGCAACGGUCGGCUAGCGUCAUGCGGGGCCAUUGCUGGAUUCGUCAUCAUGAUGGUGCUCGACACUGCGUUAGGUUAAACGCCUUUUCCACGCGAAAUGGCUUCCAGGCUUCUUUAAGUAUUAUUCCGCUUUUAUUUCUAUUUAAUGUAAGGUUUAAGUUUUAUCAUAUUUUAUUGUUUUAUGACUAGGACCAAAGAGGGUAUGCGAACAAAAUGUCAGGGAGUGGGAUGUAAUGUUUUCAAAGAAAUGUCGAUGCGUUUUUACUGUGAUGACUGUAGUUCUACUGCAUAGGCAUAUUACAUAUGCAGUUUUAUAAAUGAUGUUGUGAUCUCAUCGCUCGAACGUGGGUGUGCUGUGCACGUAACGGCCUACAAGGUUAGUUGCGUUUCUCUGUCUUCCAGAGUUCAUUUAUUGUAAUGAACGUCUAAGAAGACGAGUAGAUAAUUAUUUCAUGUUUUAAUAUGCGACAUUUCAAACUAUUUGUAUGUUAUUGUGAUUAUUUGUUUUGCCUAAUUCAACUAGGCAUCUUGUGUGUACAAUACGUCUGUCUUCCUAUGGCGUUUUUCGUCAAGGUUAACACGUUCAGUGCAAAGGAACAUUUACCCUAUGAUUCUACUCAGGCUGCCGUCAAUGGGCGUGCCCCACUGAACGUGUAAUUUUUUUUUUUUAAAUGUUCACUUCCGUUUCAAAUGUCGGUGAAUACGUGUCUUUUGAUGUGUUACUUGCAGCAGCAGAUGACAACGGUUUGACUGAAAAUGUAAACGUGACCCGGUUUUGUUUUUGUUGUGAGACUUUAGUUUUGGGGUAAGAAGACGUCAUUUAUUGACCAAAAAUCAA